GUCGAAUUUACCUCCAUGAGGACCAAACUUCGUCUUCUUCGUCCAAACAUGAGCUUCAAUCGUACGACUUCUGUGUCGUCAUGGACCAUCUUCUUCCUCUGUUUUCCCCUGCUUUACGCUUCCACACUUGCUUCUUUUUACACCCCCGAUGAUCUUUUAAGCAUUAACUGUGGCAGCUCCCAUAACUCAACGGGAAGUGGUCGGACAUGGGCGGGAGACAACGAUUCAAAGUUCUUAUCCAAACAAGACGAAUCUGUUCCAGCCACGGCACUUACCCAGUCUCCUUCUGCCCAACAAGUCCCCUACACCACGGCUCGUCUCUCUCGCUCUCAGUUCUCAUAUUCAUUCCCUGUCUCUCCCGGCCAGAAAUUCCUUCGUCUCUUCCUCUACCCAGCUUCGUACCCGGGUUUUGAUCGUUUCGAUGCCUUCUUCACUGUCAAAUCUGGUGGGUUCACACUCCUUAAGGAUUUCAAUGCUUCGGUCUGGGCCGAUGCUUACCGGGAAGAUACCAUCUUCAUAGAAUUUUGCGUCAACGUCGGGGAUGGCGAGAGGCUCAACUUAACUUUCACUCCCAAUUCAACACACCCAGAUUCUUAUGCGUUUGUUAAUGGAAUUGAGAUUGUCUCCAUGCCUGAGGAUCUCUAUUACACCAAACCCGACGACUUGGGAUUCAAAUUAAUUGGUUCGGUGGGCAUGUUUAGCAUAUCCGACGACGUUGCUCUCCAGACACGGUACAGGCUAAACGUGGGUGGAAGCCAAAUCUCAUCUACGAAAGACACGGGAAUGCUCCGGUCUUGGGACAGCGGUGACAGUUUCUUUGUUAGAAGUUCUUUUCUACCUGCUGAUUUUGAAGGUGAGAGAAGACCCCUGAUGUUCACUAAAGUUCCUAAUUACACAGCACCUGAGGAACUCUAUCGAACAGAACGCGACAUGGGAAUGCAUAAAACUUUGAACAUGAACACUAACCUUACUUGGGAGUUUCCUGUCGAUUCUGGUUUUACCUACAUGCUGAGACUCCAUUUUUGUGAGCUCAAUCCAGUCAUCAACGAUUCCUACAACAGAAUGUUUGACAUUUACAUAGCCGACCAGUUAGCUGAGGAUGGUGCUAAUGUUUUAAAGUGGGCUAAGGGAAAAGGAGUUCCAGUAUAUAGAGACUAUGCUGUAAUUGUUUCAGGUAAUGCAAAACCAGCUUCUCUUUCACUCAAAAUGCAUCCUGAACCGGCAUCGAAAGUUGAGUACAGUGAUGCAUUCUUGAAUGGACUCGAGGUUUUCAAGAUCAGCGAUUCACAAAGUAAUCUCGCCGGACCUAACCCUGAUCCUCCUCCACCCCGUCCCAAUCCUAAUGAUCUACCCCAAAAGCAAGCAAGAAAAAACAGAAGCAAGAUUUUAAUCGGGGUCAUCGUCGGCGUUGCAGCUUCCAUUGUGGUUCUGAUUUCCUGUACCGUAUUCUUCCUCAUCAAUCGUGGGAAGAAGGCCAAGGAAUCUCGCAAGUCCAGCUCUGGAACUUCAAAGUGGGCUCCCUAUUCGUUCACCACAACAAAAUCAACGAGCACAGCCACGAAUGCCUCAUCUCUUCCAAUGGAACUGUGCCGUCACUUUUCCAUCGCCGAGAUCAGAGCCGCCACGAACAACUUCGACGAGCUCUUCAAUGUAGGAGUCGGAGGCUUCGGCAACGUCUACAAAGGGUACAUCGACGGCGGCUUCACUCCGGUCGCGAUCAAGCGGCUCAAGCCGGGUUCACAGCAAGGGGUCCACGAAUUCAAAACCGAAAUCGAAAUGCUCUCGCAGCUCCGUCACCACCAUCUGGUCUCUCUCAUAGGUUACUGCUACGAAAGCAACGAGAUGAUUUUAGUCUACGAUUUCAUGGCUCGUGGGACCCUCCGUAACCAUCUUUACAACUCUGAAAAUCCGGCUCUUCCGUGGAAGCGACGGCUCCAGAUUUGUAUAGGAGCAGCACGAGGACUGCAUUAUCUUCAUGCGGGUGCGAAGCACAUGAUCAUUCACCGUGAUGUGAAGACCACGAACAUCUUGAUAGACGACAAGUGGGAGGCCAAGGUUUCGGACUUCGGGUUAUCCAGAAUCGGGCCCACUGGGCUCAAGGCCCAUGUGAGCACAGUAGUAAAAGGAAGCAUAGGCUAUCUUGACCCAGAGUACUACAAACGACAGCAUUUAACGGAGAAAUCCGACGUGUACUCCUUCGGAGUGGUGUUGUUUGAGGUACUGUGUGGUCGCCCGCCGAUAAUCCGCAUCGCCGAUAAGAGACAGGUGUUGUUAUCUGAUUGGGCGAGGAAUUGCUUUCACACGGGAACCCUAGGUCAUAUAGUGGAUCCAGCUUUGAGAGGAACGAUAUCACCAGAAUGCUUGAAGAAGUUUGGCGAGAUUGGAAUAAGCUGUUUGGAUGACAAUGCGACGCGGAGGCCGACCAUGAACGACGUCGUUUGGGGUCUGGAAUUUGCUCUGCAACUGCAAGAGAACGCUGAGAAGAUGAGAGGAAGGGAAGGAGGAGGAGGGGGAGAAGAAGGUGGCGGAGGAGGCAAUAAGAAAACUAUUGCAGAAGAAAGUGAUAGCAUGUUUAGCAGUAGUAACAGUGUUAGCGUGGUUUCGGAUUUUAACAAGAGCAGUGGAGUUAGCGUGACGAGCAGUAAUGGAGAUUGUAGUAAGGAUACUUCUAGGUUGCUGGAUAAUUCAGUUUUCUCAGAGAUUUUUGAUCCAAAGGCACGAUGAUGAUGAGGAGGAGGAGGAGGAGGAGGAGUUAGAGAAAACUCAAGAGGAGACUACAAAACUGGGGGAUCAUGACCCAAAAGAACAAGGAGUAUGCUGGAUCUUGUAUGAUUGUUUAUAGCUGAUAAUAGAGUUUUGAAUUUCGUUUUGCGCUUGUUUAUGUUUAUGUGAGUUUUAUUAUUUUAGCGACUUUACAAAGAAUUUACGUUAAUGUUCUUAUUUUGAUUUCAUAUAUUGGUGGGUUGGGCACAUGUGAAUGUAUGUGAGAAUUCUGAUCAUGACAAUUAUUGUGGGGGAAGGGAUCGGAAUUCAAAAGAUCUCAUCUCUCUAAAGCUUACAACUAAAAAGAGGGUGCUUUAAA